AUGUCAUCAGGAAAACCGAGUGGAAGUAAUACGGGAUCAAGUGGAGGUUCCAGCGGAGGUGGAAAUACAGGAGGAGGAGCAACAUAUGGCGAUACAAGUGGCCAAGCAGGCACCUCUCAACAAGGUGGAUCAGGAGGUGCUGGUGCUCCCAACAUCACUGGCACACAAGGAGCUCCAUCGGGAGGUGGAACAACAGCACAACAAAGUACUGGAGAAAGCAGUGGAAGUGGUAGCUCGGGAUCAAGUGGCUCAAAUCAUUGA